GGUUAUAUCUAACCCCAAAUAAACUAUUCUUGGUAGUUUCUUGAGCUGUCCGCUAAAGGGUGUGAGUCGUUCUAGUUUUCUACGCGUCAUAAAUUGCAAGGAGUCGCCAAGAAAUCAAGAAACCCUCGGGUUUAGUUUCAUUACAAGAAGAGAGUAAUUGAUCAUAAGAUGUCAGGAGACGAUGAUGGCUGUGAGUGCAGGCCUUUGGGCUUUCUCUUGGGCUUGCCCUUCGCUUUUGUCUCUCUUAUCCUCUCCCUCAUCGGAGUUGUCAUCUGGAUUAUCGGGUUGUUAUUGACAUGUAUAUGUCCGUGUUGUUUGUGCGUGACGGUGAUAGUAGAGCUAGCACUGGCUUUGAUCAAGGCUCCUUUUUCUAUUAUGAAGUGGUUCACCAAGAAAAUCCCCUGUUGAGUGCUGCUCUUUUCUGAAUUGGAUUCUUUAUUUAAUUUCUCAUAAAAUUACAGAGUUGACUAGUUGGAUGACCUUUUCUGAGUACUCGAGUACUUUGUAAUCUCCUAUCUUUGCUGAUUGGUUCAUGAUUAAUCGCUCUGUUAUCUCA